CAAUUUCUUCUUAUAGGAAAGAGUAUGUCAUGGUGAAGUGUAUCUCUUUACAAUUUUUUAUUUAUUUUUUGGUUGUUCAAACUCUAAAGCAAGCAUGUAUUUAGAACAUGGGGUGAUUGUUUUACAAUAUAUAUACAAUUAGAAUUACAAAUGUUAUUCUCUUUAAAGUAUUUACUUUGUUGAACUGAACCAGUAAAUUAUAGUGAAUUAUCUUUUUUGAAUUGAAAGGAAUAUUUUUUAAAUAGGAAUGCAGAUCGUGUCUUAUUAUCAAGAGAGGCGAGUUUGAAUAAGCCUCUACAGGAGCUAUGCAUCGUGAACUACAUAAAAAGUCGACCCUCUAGCACGAAUUUUCUGGUUCCGUCACUGGCUACCAAGCAUCUUUAACACGUUUUGAUUGGUUUUUAGUUCCUUCGUUGUAGCGCAAUCAAAAAAGUUGGAGGGUGGUCCAUUUGAUCAUCUAAUCUCUCUAAGAAGAAAAUAAACUUAAUUAGUAUUGGUCUAAAUGUAUGAUUGGACAUGUGUUGAGCUUCUAUCACUACUAAAGUCCAACAUAAUUAAAAGAGAGUUUCAAUUCACACCAAACCAAUAAGAUUUGAGUUUGAGAAUGGUUUCGUCAUCCUUUAAAUCCUUGUGAAUAUUUGCCCGUUUCAAACUCAGAACUUCCUUCUUCCUCAAGUCUGCCAGUACUCUUAAUACCUUGGUUCGUCAACCCCCCCCAAUAUGGUUAACCUACGAUAUUUGGUUGUGAUUUGGUUGAUUGUUGUUCUUUGUUGCAACGACAAUAAUACCGUUUUGGCCAUAGCCGAUUCCUCCAAUGAUCAAGAUUCCGGAAUCCAGCUUCUUAGUCGAGCAGCUCGCGGGUUUGCUGAUGGAGGGGAUGAUGAUCUUUCAGAAUUUGUCGGUUUGUCCAUUUUAAACAUGAAACAAAUAUUGGACGCAUCACCUAAAGUGCCAUGUUACUUUAGCUUUGGGGACUCUAUGGUCGAUAAUGGCAACAACAACAAUCUGGAGACACUAUCCAAGGCCAAUUACCCACCUUAUGGUGUCGAUUUUCCAGGCGGUGUUGCCACCGGUAGAUUUACUAAUAACCGAAAUAUUGCAGACUUUGUUGCUCAGCACCUGGGAUUUAGGAACUUCGUUCCGCCGUAUGCCACCGCAAAAGGUCUUGAUAUCUUAAGUGGUGUAAACUAUGGUUCCGGAUCGGCCGGAAUCCGGGAUGAGACUGGCGCGGUUGUGGGAGAUCGCUUGAGCUUCAACAGGCAGUUGACAAAUCAUGCCAAGACGGUGUCUAGACUUGCACUUAUAUUUGCAAGGCAAAAAUCAUUGAAAAAACAUCUGAGCAAAUGUUUGUACACCGUUGUCUUCGGGAGUAACGAUUAUCUCAACAAUUACUUUGUGCCACAAUAUUAUCCAACCAGUACAAUCUACACUCCUGAACAAUACGCCGAUGCCUUGAUCCAACAAUACUCCCAACAACUUCAGACUUUACAUAAACUUGGAGCAAGAAAAGUGGUUUUAUUUGGGUUGGCCCAACUUGGUUGUACUUUACAUGAGAUAAUUGCGUACAACUCCAGUGGUUGCAUUGGUUCUAUCAAUGACGCAGUUGAGUUAUUCAACAAUAGGCUCAAGCCACUCGUGGACGACCUAAAUGCCCGAUUCCCAGAUGCAAAGUUCAUAUAUUUGAACUCUACCAGUAUACAAUCAGGAGACUCAUCAUCCGUAGGAUUUCAAGUGUACGAUAAGCCGUGCUGCCAAGUUGAUCCAGCCAUAGGUCAAUGCAUUGAGGGGAGCACACCAUGCAGCGAUAGGGCAAAGUAUAUGAAUUUUGACAAUUUCCAUCCUACUGAGAAUGUGUAUGGGGCUUAUGUAAACAGAUCAUUUCACUCGGUUCUUCCCACGGAUGCCUAUCCAAUGGACAUUAGCAACCUUCUACGUUCUUGAUGAUGAUGAUGAUGAUACAAUUUAUUCUGCCCUGUAUAGUUAAACAAACUCUCCAUGAUUAGCAGGGGCAGAUGAUGAAGCUAGAGUCUUUUAUGUAAUUUGUAAGACAUUAUUCCUCUUUAUUCCUUCCACCUACUUUUAUGGGACAAAAAUGUUGAGUUAUUUUUCUUGAAGUUGUAUUAUUUUUAAUUCCGUUAAUUGUUUUGCAAGCGCAUGCAUAAAUAUAAUAAACUUAGGACAAAUUUGAUAUGUAUUUGAAUGUUUAAUUUUGAAGUAGAAAUAUUGAAUCUUUCAAAU